AGUCCAGUCCCCGCCCGCCCGCGCUUUUCGUGCUGUGUGUUGGCUGCGGAGCGUUCUCGGCUGGUUCCUGCUAGUGGCGGUGGUGCGUCUUUGGAUCUCAGAAUGCCUGUUAGAAGAUCACUGAAGCUGGAAGCAAAUUCAUCUGAGCCUGCAAAAGUCACAAGGAUUGCAACUUAUUCGCCAACAACCGGAACUUGUCAGAUGAGCCCAUUUACUUCUCCGACAAGCUCUAAAGAAGGAGAGCACAGAAAUGGACCAUCAAAUGGGAAGAGAAGAAAAUUGAAUCACCUCAAUUUAAUGGGAAGAAAGGAAUCUACAACAAAAGUCAAUGAUGAAUUCAUGACAAUGCUAUCUAAAGUUGAGAAAUCAUCAGACAAAAUCAUGGAGAUAAUGCAGAAUUUAAACAGUAUACAGGCUUUAAAAGGCAAUAGAGAGCUCGAAAAUCUCAUUGGUAUCUCCUAUGCAUCCUGCUUCUUAAAAAGAGAAAUGGAAAAAACCAAAGAACUAAUGAUAAAAGUAACAAAACAAAAACGAUUAGAAAAGAAGAAUUCAAGACUUCCUCACAAAGGACUCCAUUUACCACUUUUCUUUCUUCCUGGGCUGCUCUUUUUUCCUUCUCUGACAACUCCUGCUCAUCCUUUAAGAAUUACGUUGUCUGGACAGCUAUGAAUUUCUUAAAGCUGCUUUAAACUGAGGCAGAGUGGACAGUGAGAGAGAGAGACAGAGAGAAAGGUCUUCUUUUUCCAUUGGUUCACCCCCCAAAUGGCCACUACGGCUGGCGCAUUGUACCGAUCCGAAGCCAGGAGCCAGGUGCCUCUUCCUGGUCUUCCAUGUGGGUGCAGGGCCCAAGCACUUGGGCCAUCCUCCACUGCCUUCCUGGGCCACAGCAGAGAGUUGGACUGGAAGAGGGGCAACUGGGACAGAAUCCGGCGCCCCAACCAGGACUAGAACCUGGGGUGCCGGCACCGCAGGCGGAGGAUUAGCCUAGUGAGCUGCGGCACCGGCCUAGCCUUUAAUUUGAGUAGUACUUUCAGAAAACUUAGAAGAAUUAACUAAAAUCCCCCCUUUUUAAAAAGAUUUAUUAUUUAUUGAGAAGCACAGUGACAAAAAUCUUCCAUCUGCUGGUUCAUUUCCGUAAAUGCACCUAAAACCUGGGGCUGGGCCAGGUCGAAGACAGGAGUCUAAAACUCCAUCCAGGUCACCCAGAUGGGUGGCAGGGACCCAAGAACUUAAGCUAUCAUGUGCUGACUUCCCAGGUGCAUUAGCAGGAAGUUGGAUCAGAAAAAGAGCAGCCAGAGACUCAAAACUGGCACUUCUAUACAGGGUACAUGUGUCCCAAGUGGUGGCCUAACCUCCCAUAGCACAGUGCACACCCCAAGGUUCCCUUCUAAUGAGAAACCAUUGAGAGAGAUCACAGUAAAAUAUAACAACUUCACCUUUGAGGCAUUUUUCUAGUUUGUGCUUUGAUAUGUUUCCUUUUUUACUUGAGGUACUUUCUUCAUAAUCUCAUCCGUUCCCUUGACUUUCGCUUUUACCUUUCUUUAUGUGAUUUCCAUAUCUAUCUGUGACCUUCCUUUCGAGCUAUAAAUCGUUUGUCACCAUACAAUGACCCCAGAUAUUUUAAUUAUUUCCCCUUCAAAUUGUUCUUCCUUCUACCUUUCUAGGAAUUCUGUCAUCCCAUUGAUCAGCUCAAAAGCCUCUCUUUUUGUCCUCAUAUCCAAACAGGUACCAGAUCAGAUCACUUCUUAAAAUGGACUAGUUUAUCCCUCUAUUAACUGUCAUCUAGAUUACUGUUUUCCCCAUAGAAACCUACCUCUCUGUCCUCUAGCCCCUUUCCCCUACAGCCUGUCCUGCUACUGGGCAAAAUCUAUGCUUUAGAAUAUAUCACCCCACCAUAUCCAUAAUAAAAUCCAAAUUUAGACUGAUAUUAGGACUGUUGAUGAUCUGACCACAGUUUACCUCCCCAGUGUCUCCCUUGUGCCUCGUGAACUCUAGAUUACUUGCCAUUUCCUAGACUCGCUCCCCCAGCAAGUUCCUUUUUAACUUCCCUAACUUGUUCUUGUCUCCUCUGCCUAGCAUUCAUUUUCCCUCACUAUGAUCAAAAUCUUACCAGUCUUUCAAAACCUGUUUAUAACAUGCCUUGUUCUAGGCUUCCCGAGAUCCCUCUCCUCCAUCCAUGUUCUGUCACAGCUUCUCUCUUGUGCCUUUGUCAUAGCUGCUCUACUGGUAUGAAUAGGGGAGGGAAAUUGUCAUUGUGGGGAAGCCCAGUAUACAAGAAUUGGCUGCCAAAAAUGGAAGGUACUGUGAGAACAAAGAAAGAGGUAGACAAACCCAAGAUUAUAGAAUAUAAUUUAUUGGGGGACUUACGGACAGAAGUAUAGGCUCACGUGACCUAAAGACAAUGGAUCCUUGUCCUAUGGGACAGAAGAAAAAGGUUUUAUAGAAAAACAUGGCCUGUAUACACAGCAGACUUAUAGAAUGGCAGAUGCCCUAAAUAGCACUCUGGCCUCAGAAUCAGCCCUUAAGGCAUUCAGAUCUGGCUGAAGAGCCCAUGAGAGUAUUUUAGGCAUGGAAAGCCAAGACACUCUGGGAAGAAAAAAAAAAAGACCUAAAUGAAUGAUCUCUGCGAGUGAGAUCCCAGUGGAAAGAACGGGGCCAUCAAAGAAGGAGGUGCCUUUGUCUGAAGGGAGGAGAGAACUUCCACUUUGACUAUGACCCUGUCGGAAUAAGAUCGAAGUCGGCAAACCCAAAAGGUUUCCAUAGCCUUGGCAACUCAUGACUAGAGCCUAGGGAGAUUACUGAUGCCAUAAACAAGAGUGUCAAAUUGUUAAGUCAAUAACAGGAGUCACUGUGUAUUUACUUCUCAAGUGGGAUCUGUCCUUAAUGUGUUGUCCAAUGUGAAGUAAUGCUAUAACUAGUACUGAAAUAGUAUUUUACACUUUGUGUUUCUGUGUGGGUGCAAACUGAUGAAAUCUUCACUUAAUAUAUACUGAAUCGAUCUUCUGUAUAUAAAGAUAAUUGAAAAUGAAUCUUGAUGUGAAUGGAAUGGGAGAGGGAGCGGGAGAUGGGAGGGGUGCGAGUGGGAGGGAAAUUAUGGGGGAGGGGGGAGCCAAUGUAAUCCAUAAACUGUACUUUGGAAAUUUAUAUUUACUAAAUAAAAAAUAAAAAGAAAAACAUGGCCUGUGACUAACCAACAUACACUUGGACUUUCUCAAGAAGUACUAAUAUUCCAGACAACAGGGCAGCAGGCUAUCUUAAUGACUUCACUGUUUACCUCGUAGGGGUUGGGGUGACAGUUAUGACCAAGAUGCCUGCAGUUAUAUUAGGCUGAACUCCUAUAAGUGUUAAACUCCCUGAUUGUGUUCUGUGCCCCCAGAAGCCUGAGACACACAUAGACCUCCUGAUACCACUGUGGCCAACUUUCCCACACAGCAGCUCCAGUUCUCCCUUGCACUCCAUGAUUACUCUUCCCCUGUAACUGUUCAGUGAGGAGAGCUGCCCCACACAGAGUCACUCCCAGAGCCUUUAAAAGUGUAGCCUUUAUGAAGCAGUGUUACAAGAGAGCAGCGGAGACAACAACUCAGGGGUCACAGGCAAAGGCAAAGAACCGUAAGGGAGAGGAAGAGAAAAAGCAUGAUUUUGACUCAUGUUGACAGAAUAUGUUGGGACACUUUAGUAAUAAGGUAGAUAAGUCACUUGGUUAACAAAACUCUGAGGCUUAGUGAACAAAAUUCUAUGUAUAACAACCUUUGCAACUGAAUAACCAAGUUAAGGACAAAAAGACACAUGAAACAGUAAUAAGGUGAGGCAAGCUAUGAUAGGUGAUACAAGUUCAGACUUCAGUUCAAGGGUUCUGGCCAUUAGAAGUACAGACAAGAACUGUGAAGCCAGUGAGGAGGUAACAAGAUUAGUAGAUAGCAUUAGAAUUGAUAACCUGCAACAUGGCAAGCCCUCUGCUAGCUUGCCUUGUUGCACCUUCAAGCAGAAUUGGAAUCUUUUCAGUCCCACACUGAAUCUAAUUCAUGAACUCUGCUUUCCUAAACCUGAGCUGAAGUUUUUGAAAAGGGCUCCAGCAUACACAUGCCUCUAAAAGCUGUGAAGACCAUAGGCCUGCCUGACAUGUUUGUAGGUCUUCAUGACAGAGUGGACAGUCUCCCAACCACAUGACAUCAGGAAGCACAAGUCAGGUGUCCUUGAGAGUAGGCAGUGGUGGGGAAACCUCAUGGUGCUUAAGAGUGUUAUAUAGGAGCCGGUGCUGUGGCACAGUAGAUUAAUCCUCUGCCUGUGGUGCUGGCAUCCAUAUCGGCACUGGUUCCAGCUCUGGCUGCUCCCCUUUUGAUCCAGCUCUCUGCUUUGGCCUGGGAAAGCAGUAGAAGAUGGCCCAAGUCCUUGGGGCCCUGCACCCAUGUGGGAGACCAGGAAGAGGCUCCUGGUAUCUGGCUUUGAAUUGGCCCAGCUCUGGCCAUUGCAGCUAUUUGAGGAGUGAACCAGUAGGUGGAAGACCUUUCUCUCUCUCUCUCUCUCCCUCUCCCUCUCCCUCUCACUGUCUGUAACUC